UUCUCCUUUCAUUGUCACGGAUGAUAUGAAAAAUGCUUUUAACCACGACGGCUACAUUAUCAUAAGAAAUUUGCUUUCUAAAAGUGAAGUGGAAAAUGCAGCAAAUGUAGUGGAGUGCAAUGAAACAAUGCAAAGGUUCAAGUUCGGCGUCAAAGAUACCCAUGGAAAUGAGAGUGCCCAGAUUACUUGGAAUCAACCCGGAAAUGAUAUCACGGGUCUUAUUGCAAGAUGUGACAAAGUUGCAGGAACGGCAGAAAAGCUUUUAGGAGGAGAAUGUUACCAUUACCAUAGCAAGGUUGUCUUAAAAGAUCCUUUAGCAGGUGGCGAAAGGGCCUGGCAUCAGGAUUAUGGGUACUGGUACCAAAAUGGUUGCCUUUUUCCAGACAUGCUAACUGUUUUCAUCACUCUCGACAAGACCGACCAAUCCAACGGGUGUUUGCAACUCCUAAGGGGAUCUCACAAAUGUGGACGUAUCGAGCAUACUCUAGUUGGUGCUGAAACUGGCGCAAAAAUAGAGAGAGUCAACGAGUUAUUGAAAGUGUGUCCGCUUGAUUUCAUAGAAACUGAACCAGGCGAUGGUGUAUUCUUUCACUGCAAUCUACUGCAUAUGAGUGCUGUCAAUACUAGUGACAGGAGAAGACUAGCAUUCCUUGUAGCUUACAACAAAGCAUCAAAUAAUCCAGUUAAAGAACAUCACCAUCCGCAGUAUUCACCUCUGAAAAAGGUUUCUGAUGCUGAAUUGCAAAAUUGUGAUGUUCUAGAUGAUAUGAAUGGAAAAGGUUUCCUUGAUAUGGAAAACUCAAAGACUUUGAAAGAGCAAACCUCAUUUAAGAAACGCCAAUGAAAGGUGCGAAC